UCGGCCGAGCAAAUGCAGGUAAAACCAGAGAAUCGUUUGCGCUGAAGUUCCCUUUUUCUACCAAGCUCAACGUACUAAUUGUAAUUUUAAUAAAAUUAGUACAAACUCCAGAUCUUUUUAAAGAACUCCAGGGCUGCCUCUGUGGUAAGAUGGCGCCUCUCUAAGACCUGCCUCUUCUUAGUGAUGAGGAAAAGGCCAUAAAUCCGUUGUUGUUUAUGAAAAUUUACAACUUUGCAAUACAACUUUAUGAGUUGUUCGGUUUUUCCAUUGGUCGUUGUCGGUCAUGUGGAUGGUAACCGUGAACAUGAACUUUUUUAUAAUUUCCCUUGCGAGAAUAGAGCCGCAUUCUUUUGCUGAGCUCUGUCCUGCUUCGGAUCUCUCUGGCUUUCAAUCCCCAUUUCAUUUGUCCUUUGUAAGGCAAUAGUGAACAAAGUGUGCGGAGGUUCGGCAUAAGCAGCCGCCUAGAACACAGAUCCGGGAUGGCAAUUUCCAGUUCCCCCGCUGGAAGGUGUGGCAUAUUGGAUUCAAAGCACUGGCGUGGCAGAUUUUCAACUUGCAACCUGGCUAAUUUCCUGCUUCUUCUGGCACCAAAAGGAGGGCGAUUCGUCUCCUGUGCAGCCAAAGCGACAGCUGUCAAAGUCGCAGGGGCUCCUGUGAGCCAGAACCUAAAAGUACAAAUCCAGCGGCGUCCAAGCCAAAAUUGUAAAUGACGAAGGCACCGACCGGAAGUACACGAGUCCUGUUUACCCCUGGAUGCAGCGGAUGAACUCCUGCGCUGGUACAGUAUAUGGAACUCAAGGGAGACGAGGGAGGCAAACUUACACCAGAUACCAAACGCUAGAGUUAGAGAAGGAAUUUCAUUUUAACAGAUACUUAACCCGAAGACGACGUAUUGAGAUUGCAAACGCUCUCUGCCUUACUGAACGCCAGAUUAAAAUAUGGUUUCAAAACAGGCGGAUGAAAUGGAAAAAGGAAAACAAAUUCAUAAAUUCCACACAGCCCAGCAGCGAAGAAACAGAGGAAAAGUCAGGGGAGUAGAAUCACGUUUAAUAAACACUACCAGGCCUUUCCGUUGCCCUUACUAUUACUAUUAUUAUUUACCUUGUGUUCUUCCUGCUACUAAAAUCCUAUAGGUUUGUCACAGUCUAUUAAUUCCCCAAAGGCUUGGUUAAAAAAUGUACAUUUGCAAUCGUCUGUGACUUUCUUUGAUAUAUGUGGAAGUCCUAGCUUUUGAGCUACAGGCAUGUAUGUAAAUAGCCACAUUUCCAAAGCGUGAAUGGUGCUGCAUAUAGUGUUAGAGAAGUAGCUCAGAUUUUUUAAUAUCUGGAGUAAACAUCUGUGUGUGGGUGAAUGUCCCUGGUGUGCCUGUGUGAGAAGAGAUAAGCAAGUGAUUUUUUUUUUUUUUUUUAUUAGGAAUGUUCAUGUUGUAGAAAUAGGAGAGAUUUUAGAAAGUCUUGAGUUUAAUGUUUUUGCUAACUCCCGCUACGUCGGGUCGUCUCUUUAUGCUGUUUUUGGGAGCUUAUGGUCUGCGGGGGGGGGGGGGGAAGUUUUAUGCAUGUAUAGGUUAUUUAAAAAGCAAAGUGAAGAAAAAUCCUUUUUAAAAAUCGUUGUAUAAAUCCCUGGGUAUAAACUUGCAGUUAAAGCAAAGAUGAAUGGCAGGGAGAGUUUUAAACGCCGCUAAACUGCCUGAUCUGCACUACGAGUGUUAAAAUAGAAACUCGGCGUUAAACUUCAGGGGAAGCGAGGGAAGAGGCUUCGAAGCAGGCGAAUUUCUGUGGUUCCCAUUGAGCUUACACUGAGGUUUCGGUGAGCUCUACACUGAAGGGACUUUGAAUUAUGGACUACAUUUCUUGAGGCUUCGUGGGCUCGGGUCGAUCUUUCUUUCUUUUCUUUUCUUUGAUUUUUUUUUUUUUUUAA